CUCCCAUGUUCGUAGUGUGCAGACCUGACGUGGAGAGAACAGCCACAGUCAGUGCAGCGUGUGUGUGUGUCUCACUGAGUGUGUGUGAGAGUGUGUGUGUGUGUGUGUGAGUGAGUGACACAGUUGCCCGUGGUCUCCCUCUCUCCGGCUGCCGCACUUUUCCUCCCUCUCCUCUCCAGCCGCACGAACCGGGCGACACGCUCCCGCACCUAACCCGGAGCCCUGGCCGCCGGUGACCCGGGGAUCCUACUUUCCCCCCCCGGACAAACAGACUCGGGCUCCGCCGGCAGGAAAGGUGGAACUAAACUACAUUCAUUGACUUGUGAGCGAUGCACUGGCAGCAUGGCCAAGUGGUUCAAGGAGCACCUAGGAUUCAAAACUACCAAAGCACCCCCUCCGGCGCCUCCGAAGCCGGACUACAGGCACUGUCACACCGGUGUGCCCGGUGCGCCUGGCUUCCAGCAGGCGAGCUCCAACGCCACCUUCCCGAGUCCCGCUCAGCCGGACAUACUCGCUGCUUACAAACUUCAGAAGGAGCUGGACUUCGAGGACCCGUACACUCCCGGCGGAAACAUUUCGUUCGGGCCGGGCUUGAACGCGGUGGGGUCGCCGGACACCAAGUACGUGUCGCCCAAGCACCGACUUAUCAAGGUGGAAACAAUCGAAAAGAGCAGCCCGGCUCCGGGCGGCGGUGUCACCGUCACACAGGCUGUCGCUGUCGGGAGCGUUAAAUCUCCCACUUCACCUCCGGUGGAGCACGACAACAAGGAGAAGCUCAUUAUCCUUGAAGACUAUGCGGAUCCUUUCGAUGCUGAGCAGGCGGGUGGCACACAGACCACCACGGAGAAAGUGACAACCGAGAAUGACGGCUACAUGGAGCCGUACGAGGCCCAGAAGAUGAUGGCAGAAAUCCGAUCUUCUGGACGAGUGCAGAAGGAAGGAUCUGUGAGGCAGCUGCCCUUGUACGACACACCAUAUGAACCAGCCGAGAACGGCAGCGACUCGGACCAUGAGCGCUCGCGCUGCCCAAGAGAAAGCCGACUGCCCCAGGAUGAUGAACGACCUCCAGAGGAGUAUGACCAACCCUGGGAGUGGAAGAAAGAGCGGAUUUCCAAAGCGUUUGCAGUAGAGAUUAAAGUGAUCAAGGACCUACCAUGGCCCCCUCCUGUCGGCCAACUCAACACCAGCCCUCCCCUGGUGGAGGAGCUGGAGUCUCCCUCCCAGACACCUCAGCCCUCGCCAGGACAGACGAGCUGUGACCAGCACCACCAUGUCCAGUUCGAUGGCGUGGACAAGUCUCGAAUGUCUCCGACCAAGGAUGGGAAAAACCGCCCACUGCAGCGACACUCCAGCGGCUGUCUGGUCAACACUAAAAUGACGUCGCUGGACCACUGCAGCUCCUCUCUAGGGGAGCGCAUUGACCCCACCAUGCCCCUGGAAAGCCAGUUCUGGUACCAUGGAGCGAUCAGCCGGACAGAUGCAGAGUCUCUGCUCAGGCUGUGUAAGGAGGCCAGCUAUCUGGUGAGAAACAGCGAGACCAGCAAGAACGACUACUCCCUCUCCCUAAAGAGCAGCCAGGGCUUCAUGCACAUGAAGUUGUCGCGGACAAAGGAGAACAAGUACAUCCUGGGCCAGAACAGCUGCCCGUUUGACAGCGUGCCUGAGAUCAUCCAUUUCUACUCCAGCCGCAAGCUGCCUAUCAAGGGUGCCGAACACAUGUCCCUGCUCUACCCUGUAGCCAUUAGGACACUAUAGUGCCAUGGGUCACCUGCAGGCGUCGGCCCCCUGCAGCACUCACUGGACCACCCUCAGUGGCUCCACUCUUCCCGUCCCUGUGGACGGAGCCCCGCGGGCUCAUGGGAAGACGAACAGUGGCAUCCCAAACUGCUGAUCCUCACACACCUCAAACCUGUUUUGAAGGCCUACUGCAUACUAUCUCAUUCUUACAGACUCAAUGUUUGCAAAAAGUCUUUAUUAUUUUAUGUUAUUAUAUUCUAUUUUAUUUUUUUAUUUAUGACAGUCACCCAAUUCAUUACGUCACAGACUGAGGAACAUCAUUUCAUUUAUUCUUGAGCUGACCCCGCCUGGCACUAAGCACUCACAGAAAAAGAAAGGUACAUCAUCAGACGUAACUUCUAUCUUAACAUGUUGUACCUUUUUCCUCAGAGUGCACGUCAUGACAGUUGUGUGUGUCUGAUUUUCUCCUUUGGUUGGGCUCUGCUGUUAUUGUAAUUGUUUGUAAGGGGACUUGAAGAUUGUAAGCGCCGUGUAAGGAAAGCGACUUUUAUGGGGCACGUUAGGGAUAUUGUCCACAUGGGCGCCGUACAGUGUCCAGGAUAUUGAAUAAAUUUGCCGUGUAUGAAUGGUAUUUCCCCAGCUGCACGGAGACAACAGGCCUGUGAGCUGUGCAGAUUGAUCUCUCUAUCUUGUCAUAGUGCAUGCUGUCUGCUAUCCAUCACCGCGUGGGUGUAUCACAUCAAUGACAGUGUAAGUACCAUAGUGGUGAGACAGGCAGGGGAGCAUGAUGGAUGGGUCGUCCCAUCCAACACAGUACAAUUGGCCAAGGCAAGAGACCAGAGCCUGUCCAAAUGGACCAAAUUACCCCCGCUGCCCCUGCUUAGUGUGGCUUUGCAUCGGGAGAAUGAAAUAUGCCUGCAUUGUCUACCUCAGAAAAUCAAUUUCAUUCGCCCCCAUCUGCAGAUCAAUAGGUACAAUGGGAUUGCAGACAUCGAUCUGCCCUCCCUUCGACAUUCCCAAUCCCCUUAAAAUUGCAUCAUUGCUUUUAGGAAUAUGUUUUUUUAAUACAAUUAAUCCAAGAAUUUUUUUUUCUAAUGAAAACAUUUUCAUAAAAAGAAGAGAAAAAAUGAUUUUUUUCCAGAUCCGCAAUUGUAUGUAGUCACUAAUAUGAUACUAUGUGAUGUCAGUAACAAAUGUUUGGUUAAUGCCUUAUAAUGCAUGGGUCAAAUCAGUCCGCGAGAUCAGCUGAUUUCUAAUUCUGCUUUUAUCGAUUGUUCUGUGACUGUAAUUAAUUCUGGGGUAAUUGUUACUGAUGUGUUACUCCUGUGUGACGCCCCCAACCGGCCUCGCCCUCAUCGUCCUGUGCCGAUGUGAUCAUGUUUUUUGGGAACUACUCCAGCCUCUUCUAACUGUGGUGCUUUGCAUUUUUGUUGCUUCAAGUUCUGCUCAAUGCACGUUUGCCUCAGUGGCCACGACUCGAGUCGCGGCGUCUCCUGACCAACGGGAUCGUCGGAGCCUCACGCGAGAGACAGUGGCCUAUUCUCCUCGGACCAAUCACAACGCAGCCUGUUUGAACCGGAUUAAGACCUACUUUUGACCUGUCAUGCUCUCUGUCAUCAACCCUUUACUACCAGAUGUGCAUACGUGUGUGAAUGUGAGUGUGGAUGCAUGUGUCCCACAUGUGUUGGGUGCUGGUGUGGAAAUGUGCACAGACUCUGAGUUCCAGUGUUUUUAAACCCGCUGGUACAAACUGGUGAGAGCAAUUGAUCAGAUCUCUCUUUUUUUCUUGAACUUGAAUUAAGCAACUACGAGUCGAAGAUUUUCUUGUCGCGUUUACUCAUUGACCACAUUUAAUUUUAGCAACUCACAGUAAUGACCUGUAGUCCCAGCAAGAACACACUGUAAGGUCCAAACAGUUGUCAGUCAUAAUGAGAUGCAAAAUUAAAUAGGUUUUUGGUUUAUGGGCAAAUCCUAAUCGAAUUUUUAAAUUUUUGGCCGCUUCGUCCGAGCUUUAAAUGGCCGACACCAGGAACCAGAAGCGUGACCUCUGUAUACACAUUUUGGCUUCAACUAUAUCCACACUGUGCGCUAUGCAACUGUACAAACUGCAGUCGUUGAAGGGAAACAUGAUUGUGUGAGUGUGUGCCUCCGCCAAAUACGCUGACAUGUGAUGGUACAAAAAUGUCCACAGGGAAGAAAUGUAAUCAGCAGUAUGACCUGAAUAGUUAGAAGCCGUUUGCAGAGAGUGGGAUGUGCACGUUGUCAGGGCAGCGUGCGAGCAGACGGACGCUGCUGCCGCUAGACGAGUGCAGUACGUUAUAUGAGGGUGACUGUUCAUGUGAGGAGGCAGCCGCUACAGCUUUAGUAGGGAUUAGAAUGUUGUUGCAGUGGACCUAUGUAUUUCCUUGAAAGAAGAUAUUGCAGAUUUAAAAUAAACUAUGUGUGAUAGAUGUGUAUCCUGUAUGUUGUAAAUGUUCCCCGUUGAAGAGAUCAGACAGUAGAGGCUCUUUAUUUAGUUACUGCUGCUCAUGAGUAUUUCUCUACUAUAGGGACGAGCCUGUGUGUGAUGGCCACACUGCUUAGAGAGAGGCCUUAGCUUUGACAGAGGGAAAUGGUGGGAGGGGGAGAAUGAGGGGGAGGCAGAGUGGAAGGUGUUAGGACACGAUGAUGGAUUCUCUGCAAUCAGCAGAUGCAUUCUUCACAUUUGUGUGUUUCUUAUAUUAGAACCUGAAAGAGCCCUUCCCCUCCCUGAGAAGUGUCUUAAAGUGCGUGUACGCACAAUCGUGCAUGCAUGAAGCAGUGUUUGAGUGUGUGUGUGUGUGAGAGUGUGUGUGUGUGUGUGUGUGUGUGUGUGUGUGUGUGUGUGUGUGUGUGUGUGUGUGUGUGUGAGAGUGUGCACUGGUGUAAGCAGCCAUCUGCCAUUGACUUGCCCUGUGUGUAUCUAGUGUAUCACUUUACUGUGGUAAAGUGGCAUGUGUGCGUUUCCUUUGUGUACAUUGUCGUGCCACGUUAUGUAUGCACUACUAUAACAUAUCUCUGUACAGUCCCUCAUGGCCAAAUGUAUAUACUGAAUGUAUUGUAUGGGGACGUAGAGGCAUCAAGGUUCAAAAUAAAUAAAAUUGGGUUUAUGAGUUUAAACGUG